GAAAACUUUCAUGAUUAAAUAUUUUCAGAUUCUUCUAAACCUGGGUUUAGUUCAUAUUAAAGUGGAAAAAAAGCAACAAAGAAAGAAACUUUACUCAGAUUUUAGCCCUCUGAGAGACAGUUAUUGAAAGGGAGCUAAACUGUUGGAGAAGUUGAGUGCUACUUGUCAAAGAUUUGAACUUUCUUGAAUUUUUGAACUGUAAGCUAGAUAAAAGUGCAAUACUUUUGGGGUUGUUUUGUUUCUGUGAUCUUUCUGAACAAGAAUAUCAGGACCUUCAAGACUGGAAAGGGAAAAAUUUCGUGACUUUGGAUUGAUUGAGUUUCGCUUUUGAGGAAAGUAGUGGUUAAUAGGUAGAAAAGAUGGAUAGGGUGCGGAGGAUUCUUUUUAAUGUUCUGACAGAACCACAACGAGGAGGACAGUCUUUCAUCGCGUCAAUUAAGAUUGCUGUUUUACCGAUUGCGAAAGUGUUUACACUAUGCUUUUUGGGAUUUCUGAUGGCCUCCAAGUAUGUCAAUAUUCUUCCAGCGAAUGGACGGAAGCUUUUAAAUGGGUUGGUGUUUUCACUUUUGCUGCCAUGCUUGAUAUUCUCUCAACUUGGACAAGCCAUUACGUAUGAGAAAUUGCUUGAGUGGUGGUUCAUCCCUGUUAACAUUGUUUUGGCCACCAUAUUUGGUUCUAUUAUCGGUUUAAUUGUUGCUACGAUAGUCCGUCCACCAUACCCUUAUUUUAAGUUUACCAUUAUACAGAUUGGCAUUGGGAACAUAGGAAAUGUUCCACUUGUUCUGAUAGCUGCGUUAUGUCGGGACACAUCAAAUCCUUUUGGUGACUCUGAGAUAUGUGCGCGAGAUGGAAAUGCGUACAUCUCCUUUGGACAGUGGGUUGGUGCAAUUAUCCUCUACACCUAUGUAUUCCAGAUGCUCUCACCUCCUCCUGAGGGUUCCUUUGACGUUGAAGAUGCAAACCUUCCUAUCAAGGUUCCUAACAAAGAAAAAUUGCUGAGCCAUCCAUCAGGUAGUUCUGCUGAGCAAGUUCCAUUACUUGCAACAAAUGUUGCACCAGCUGACUCUAGUAGUUCAAAUAAAGAAAAGGUUAAAGAGUUCUUUAAAUUUCUCUAUGAGACACUGAAGCUCAAGCAACUUAUUCAACCUCCUAUUAUAGCUUCUAUCUUAGCGAUUCUCAUAGGAUGUGUGCCGGUCCUGAAGCGCCUCGUCUUUACUUCUGAUGCUCCACUUUACUUCUUCACUGACAGCUGUUUAAUUCUUGGGGAUGCCAUGAUUCCCUGCAUAUUGUUGGCCUUAGGAGGCAAUCUCGUAGACGGACCAGGACCUGGAAGUUCAAAAAUUGGUUUAAAGACAACUGUUGCGAUUGUCUUUGCACGGCUGUGUUUGGUUCCUCCAACUGGACUCGGUAUUGUCAUGUUAGCUGAUAAGCUUGGGUUCCUUCCUGCUGAUGAUAAAAUGUUCAGAUUCGUUCUUCUUCUUCAGUAUACGAUGCCCACAUCCAUACUUGCUGGUGCAGUUGCCAACUUGAGAGGGUGUGGGAAGGAGGCAGCUUCAGUCUUGUUUUGGGUUCAUAUAUUUGCUGUAAUCUCUAUGGCUGGAUGGAUCAUCCUCUACCUCAACAUACUCUUUUAAGUCAUUAGGAUCAAUACUGUUGCUACAGAGAGUCAAAACACGAGAUAUCGUUUGGGAAGCUUUUUAUUCUUGUCGAAAAGCUGAUCAUUGUUUG